UAUCAAUUGAACUUUACACAAAAAGUUUUUUAAUCGACAGUCUGUCGACUUUUGGAUCCCUAAAAUUUAUCAUUAAAAAUUCGAAGCUUGUAGGAAAAAAAUAGUUUUUAAGCAAUGGCAGACAAAAAUUCAGAUCAGAGUAUUAUGGAUAAAUCCAUGCGAUCUGUUUUCGUGGGCAAUAUUCCUUACGAAGCGACCGAAGAAAAAUUGAAGGAAAUAUUCAGCGAGGUUGGUCCAGUUGUUUCUUUGAAAUUGGUAUUUGACCGAGAAAGUGGAAAACCAAAAGGGUUUGGGUUUUGUGAAUAUAAAGACCAAGAAACUGCUUUAAGUGCUAUGCGAAAUCUUAAUGGCUACGAAAUUGGCGGAAGAACGCUUCGUGUCGAUAACGCAUGUACUGAAAAGUCUCGAAUGGAGAUGCAACAACUAUUACAAGGACCACAGGUCGAAAAUCCAUAUGGAGAUCAUUGUGAAGCGGAACAGGCACCGGAAAUCAUUACCAAAACCGUAGCAUCGUUGCCGCCUGAACAAAUGUUUGAGUUAAUGAAACAAAUGAAACUUUGUAUUCAAAACAAUCCAUCGGAAGCACGUCAAAUGCUAAUGCUUAAUCCCCAACUGGCUUAUGCUUUAUUGCAAGCAAUGGUGGUGAUGCGAAUUGUUGAUCCACCAACAGCACUGGGCAUGCUAUUUAAAGUCAACCAAAUGCCACCAGUUUUGGGUGCUAAACCAAUGAUUUCGUCAUCAACGGGUGGUUCACAGGUAACCAGUUCUUUGCAACAAUCCCCAAACAUGCCUAGUUCGGCCAUCAAUGCAGCUGUAUCUGGUCCCAAUUUUAAUUCUAUGCAAGGUAGUGACGUCGAUCUUAGACCCAUGGCGAGUAUAAAUAUUGGACCACAACCUACAAUAGACCAUAGAAUGAGUCGUAACAUAGAUCAAGAUUUACGUGUCAUUCCAAAUCCAGUGCCGCCUCCGCUCGUUGAUAUAAGAAAUCAACGACAGCAGCAGUCAUCGGUCACAACCUCGCCUACAUUUCCGACAGAUCCACGUCAAAGACCUAUAGAUCCUCGUUUGCGGUCCAGUGGGUCAUUGGGAUCAACACAAGUUGCGCAACAGACUACCCAACAACAAUUGCAAAAUCGUUUGGCAUCAAAUUGCGGUUUGCCAAAUGACGCAUCUGAUCAGGAAAAAGCUGCUUUAAUAAUGCAAGUGCUGCAACUGACCGACGAACAAAUAUCUCAGUUGCCUCCUGAGCAAAGAACUAGCAUUCUUGUUUUGAAGGAGCAGAUAGCUAAAAGUACCCAGCGAUGAAAUCAAAAUCUAUUUUUGUUUGAGUUAACAUUAAAUAGUAUUUUUAUUCAAAUUGAUAAUGUGAUUCAUGACACAUUUGGCCCUUAGUUUAUUUCUAUAUAAUCAUUUGUUAAAAAAUAUGUAAUUCAUUCGGUUUUUGUCAAAUAAUAAUCAAAGUACCAUACAGAUUUCACGUUAAGAAAUCUUAUA